UAGAGGUUGGCUGUGUGAUGAAGUGAAAGAGCUGAGUGUUUUAGGGCUAGUUUGUAUGUGUAUGAAGGGUAUGGGCUGGCUGCGUGAUGAAGUGAAAGAGCUAAGUGAUGAGGUGCUAGCUUGUCUGUGUGUGAAAGGUAUGGGCUGGCUGUGUGAUUAAGUAAAUGAAGGGUAGGGGCUGGCUGUGUGAUGAAGUGAAAGAGCUAAGUGAUGAGGUGCUAGCUUGUCAGUGUAUGACGGGUAGGAGGUGGCUUAGUGAUGAAGGGUAGGGUUUGUCUGUACGAUAAAACGUUGAGGUUGGCUAACUAAUGAAGGGCAGGGGUUGACCUAAUGAUGAAGGAUAUGGUUUGUCUGUACAAUGAAGGGUUGGGGUUGCCUGUGUGAUGAAGGGUAGGGGUUGGCUGUAUAAUGAAGGGUAGGGGUUGGCUGUAUGAUGAAGGGUAGGGGUUGGCUAUGUGAUGAAAUGUCGGGGUUGGCUGUAUGAUGAACAGUAGGGGUUGGCUGUAUGAUGAACAGUAGGGGUUGGCUGUAUCAUGAAGUGUUGGGGUUGGCUGUGUGAUGAAGGGUAGGGGUUGGUUGUAUAAUGAAGGGUUGAAUUUGGCUGAGUAAUAAGUAAGGACAGGUAGAAUUGUGAUGAAAGAUGAAGGGUUGGAGUGGGUGUGUGAUGAAUUGCGGGGGUUGGCUUUAAUGAUGAAGGGGCUGGCGGAUGAGAUGAAGAGUAGGAUUUUAGUUUUCAGGGGAAAUGGCGAUUGAAGUAUCCACGUGACAACAUAGAUACGUAUUUUGUAAUUCCAGGCGUGAUAUUACCGUGAUACCACAAUAAUGGCGACACUGAGUGGAGUGUACUCGUUCACACCGAAGGGUUUCCGGGUGACUCAGGAUAUGAAGAAGAGUUUCGAUCACCAGGGAUAUAUCUUAGUCAAGGGCAUGUUCGACAAGGAGGAGAUCACAAACCUGAGGAAGGUGUUUGAGAAAACAGACAUCAUUAACGAUAACGGAUUUGGCGUAGACGAUGGACAGGGGAAAAAGGCAAAAAUGGUCACGUGGAACAAUCCCGGAAAUGACGUAUCUGGAAUGAUAGCACGAUGCGAGAAGGUCGUCAAUACUUGUGAAGACCUGUUGGGAGGCGAGGUGUACCAAUACCACGGAAAACUGCUGUACAAGGAUCCCUUCACUGGUGGUGCCUUCUUCUGGCAUCAGGAUUACGGGUACUGGUAUUACAACAGUUGCCUGUUUCCCGACAUGUUGACAGUGUUCAUAGCCAUCGACAAAUGUACCCGAUCGAAUGGAUGUCUGCAGAUCCUACCCGGAUCCAAUAGAUGUGGCCGUAUUGUCCAUGACGUCGUCUGCGGUCAGACUGCCGCCAACACUGAGCGAGUGUCUGCUAUUGAGAAGGCCUGCCCGAAGGCCUACGUAGAGAUGGAGCCAGGUGACGCAUUAUUCUUCCACUGUAACCUUCUGCACUCCAGUUCUGGCAAUGAGAGUGCUGAUAGACGUUGGGCGUACCUAAUAGCCUAUAACACCAGGGCGAACAACGCCUUAGUGCGCCAUCACCACGCCCAGUACACGCCCCUACACAAGGUGCCUGAUAGUGCCGUUAAGGAUUGCACUAAUUACAGUGAUUUCUCUGGAAAGGAUUUCAUGGACCCAACCAACCUAGAUUUGCCAGAAAACGCUCUUCUCAAAACACAAGCCAAGUGUGACAAGUAGACGCUGACUGCUGAGAUCAGAUUAUAAAUAAUGGUCGUUUUCGUUUCGUUAAUAAUUGUGAACUAACAUAUGGUCGGUUAUUUACUGCAAGUAGCUAUAAGUACAGUACAUAAAAAAGAGUAAAUCAUGAAUAUAAAAACGGUUAUCCUUAUGAAUAUGGCAAGCAUUUCAUAAUAAAUAUAUAUGAUAUAGAGUACUACGAGUUACAUUUCAUUUUAAACAUUAAAACAUAAGUGCUAUAUGAUUUCAAGUAUAAUUUUUUGCUUUGUUAUAAGUCCUGAGAUUGGUUUAUAAGAUGUGAUCAUAGUACGGAAUUGAAACAAGAACACCGCACAGUCUGAGUGGUGCCAAUUAUCAAGGCCCUGAGUGCUGCAGGGUUCAAAUUCCGAUACAUAAUGUUCAUCUCAGGACACAGAAGCGACAAAAGGCUUCAUACGAGUUUAGUUUACCUGUCGUCAUGACAACAACCACUACGUGUGUGUCAACACGGGCUGUUCACUGUCGCUUUAAAUCUUGUUCCACUGAAUCAAACUGAAACAUUCUAUCAACAAAAGUGUCAAAAACACAUCUGAAUCACGUCAGGAGAACGAUUAUGAUAUAUACUGUUACAAUGUAUAAACACGUACCUGAAGCACGGCGAGUGGAAGGUUGUUUUAAAAAUACACAGGGAUCAUUAAAGAAGAAAGACUGAUAAUAUUUAAACACAUGAGGCAAGUCAGUGGUAAGAUUAACACCACGAUGUUAGGGGCUCCUUUUUCUGAUUGGACGUGCAAAGGCCUGGAGCCACCUGCUCGACCACGUGGGUUUUCUUCGAGUUCUCCAGUUUCCAGCCGGAUAAACGUACAAUAAAGCAAAAUAAACAAAUGUGGUACUUAAAGUUGAAUAGAACACGGUAAAAUAAUUUGACCGAUUAUGAUAUAUAUCGUAAACGAAUUUGGUAUCCCCGUAAAAAGAGAAGGAUAAACGAACUUGAAGCUCCACGGAAACAAAACAGCAAUGUAAAAGAAUUGGAUACUCCACGUAAAAAACAGAACAGAAAAAACGAAUUCGGUCCUAGAUACAUAUUACACAGAAACUGGACAGCAUACAUCAGGUAUCUCCAAACGCUAGAUACGAGCCGGACACCGUGUAAGAUACAUAUUACACAGAAACUGGACAUCAUACGUUAGGCACUUCCGAACGCUAGAUACGAGUUGGAAACCCUGUGUAAGAUACAUAUUUAUACAGAAACUGGACAUCAUACGUUAGGUAUCUCCAAACGCUAGAUACUAGCAGGACACCCUGUGUAAGAUACAUAUUUACACAGAAACUGGACAUCAUACGUUAGGCACUUCCGAACGCUAGACACGAGUUGGAAACCCUGUGUAAGAUACAUAUUUAUACAGAAACUGGACAUCAUACGUUAGGUAUCUCCAAACGCUAGAUACUAGCAGGACACCCUGUGUAAGAUACAUAUUUACACAGAAACUGGACAUCAUACGUUAAGUACCUAAGAACAAUAGAAACGAACUGGACACCUUUUGUACGAUACAUAUUACACAGAAACUGGACAUCAUGCGUUAAGUACCUAAGAACAAUAGAAACGAGCUGGACACCUUUUGUAAGAUACAUAUUACACAGAAAACUGGACAUCAUACGUUAAAUGACCGCCAAACGCUAGAUAUACGCAGGACACCUUGUGUAAGAUACAGAUAUAUGUUACCCAUACGGCUACAUGCUAUGGACGAAAAUGAAAAUACCUGUCGCAGUUUUACGAAUUUGAUCACCCCUGUUUUUUAUUAUAUUGACCACUUUCCCAAAAGAGGGCCACUCUUUUGUCAUAUACUAUUUGUUUUUGCAUAUUUAAGAGUUGAUCCU